UCGGUUACAAACUAUUUUCUGCUAUUAAAUUUGGCGCCUUGGGUUGGGUUGAAAGAUUUUAGCAGUUUAAUUAUCUAUACCAAAGCUUUAAAGGUCAAGCUGAUUUGAUAUGAGGUACAUCCAAAGAAGACAAGUAUGUGGAGCAAGCAAUGUUUAGAAAAAGGUGAGCUGGAAAAACAUCAAGUUACCAAGAUUCUGGAAGUCAUUGGAUGAAUUAGUGUGCGAUGUUGGUAAUCAAAUACAGGGUCUGACAUCGAAGAAAAACCAUGUUGUGUUGGUAACACCUUCCAAUUAGUUUAAACCGACAUCACUGUGUCCUCACUGUGUCCUCACUGUGUCCUCACUGGAGCAGGAGCAAUAGUUUGUGACAGUUGCAGAAAUUUUUAAAGCAAAUUUUGACUGACCAUAACUGAACCCACAGUAAAGGAGAAACUCUCUACUUGUGGUGUUUUGGAGAAGAAGAAACUGUCUUUUAAGUGACCAUAUCCAAGUGUGUCAUUCGUUGGCAUAUUUGGCAACAAAGUACUGUGCAUCAUGCAAAUAAUUCUGGACUUUUGAAAUAUUUCUUUGAGUAUUGCCAGUAAACUUUAAAAUUGUCUAUUUACCAAUAUGAAUUCUGCAAGCAAGCAAGUUGAGUUUGUCUGUGACUUCAAUCACAAAGGCGUCCACACUGACACAAGACCAUUUCUUUUUGAUAUUGGGGCAAACGCUUUCCCACAAAAUCUCCAACUGACCAACAAUCAACCAGUCCACACUGGAGCAAAACCAUUAAUUUGUGUCAUUUGUGGAGAGCGUUUUACUAAUCAGGGGGCUCUUACUGACCAUCACCUAAUUCACACUGGAGAGAAACCGGUUUUCUGUGACAUUUGUGGAAAAGGUUUCGUCAGUGAGCCAGGCCUGAUCACCCAUCAUCAGCAAUUCCACACUACAGAGAAACCAUUUGUUUGUUACAUUUGUGGAAAAGCCUUCUCACAAAAACAUUGCUUGACCAUCCACGACUGUAUCCACACUGAAGAGAAAUCGUAUCCUUGUGAAAUAUGUGGAGAAGCCUUCACACAAAACCUCCACCUGAUCACCCAUCAGCAAGUCCACACUGGAGAGAAACCAUUUGUUUGUAAAACUUGUGGAAAAGCCUUCGGACAAAUAUUCCACCUGGUCAACCAUCAACGUGUCCACACUGGAGAGAAACCAUUUGCUUGUGACACUUGUGGAAAAGCCUUCAGAGAAAAAUACCACAUGGUCCGCCAUCAACGUAUUCACACUAGAGAGAAACUUCUUGUAUUUGUUUGUGACAUUUGUGAAAAAGAAUUCUCUGGAAAAACCAAUCUGAUUUGUCACCAAAGAGUGCACACUAGAGAGAAACCAUUUGUUAGUGAUAUUUGUGGAAAAGCAUUCUCUCAAAAAGGUCCACUAACUCGUCGCCAGAAAGGACACACUGGAGAGAAACCAUUUGCUUGUGACAUUUGUAAAAAAGAAUUUUCUCUUGAAAGUUUGCUGAAUCUUCACCAGAAAAUUCACACUGGAGAGAAACCUUUAAUUAGUGAAAAAGCCUUCCCACAAAAACUCCUCCCGGCCAAGCACAAGCGUGUCCACAUUGGAAAGAGACCAUUUCCUUGUGAAACAUGUGGAAAAUCCUUCAGACAAAGACUCCACCUGACUGAUCAUGAACGAGUUCAUACUGGAGAGAAACCUUUUAAUUGUGACAUAUGUGGAGAUGCCUUCAGCAGAAAAAGAAAUGUAAAACUGCACCAACAGAUCCACACUGGAGAAAAACGAUUUGUUUGUGAAAUAUGUGGAAAAGCUUUUAGACAAAAACUCAGCCUGACAAUUCAUAUGUGUGUCCACACUGGAGACACACCAUUUCAGUGUGACAUUUGUGGAGUUUCUUUCACUAGCAAAAGCAGUUUAACUGGGCAUCAGCGCAGUGUCCACGCUGGAGAGAAACCAUUUGCGUGUGAAAUUUGUGGAAAAUCUUUUUCUCAAAAGGUCAAUGUUAGGUGUCACCAGAGAGUGCACACUGGAGAGAAACCAUUUGUUUGUGACAUUUGUGGAAAAGCAUUUGCUCAAAGUGGCUCUCUGGAUCGUCACCAGAGAGUACACACUGGAGAGAAACCAUUUGUUUGUGACAUUUGCGGAAAAGCAUUUGCUUCUAAAAGUGGUUUAAAAAGCCACGAAGGACGCCACACUAGAGAGAAACCAUUCAUCCUUUACCAUCACCAAACUCACAUUGAGGAUAAAACUCACAUUAAGGAGAAAACUCACAUUGAGGAGAAAACUCACAUUGAGGAGAAACCAAUUGUUUGUGAUAAUUGUGGAAUUGUCUUGGAAUCUAAACAUAAAUUUGACAAACACAAAUGUGUCUACCCUGUCGGGGAGCCAUUUGUUUGUGACGUAUUUUCAGAAGAUUAAUUUAAGUAUUCACCAACUAUUCCACAUUUAUAAGAAACCAUUUGUUUGAGAUACAGUGUAUUUGUGGACACUGGAGAGAAUUGGUUUUUGAUGUGAUAUUUGUGGGUGUGGAAAAAAACAUUAAAAAAAAAACCCCAAAACAGCAGUCUAAGCAGCAGAGUCCACACUUCCAAAUUUGAUAAAAGUUCAUUUUAUGGACUAAUCAGCCAUGUGAGACCUCCUCUUUUCAGCUGAUUUCCUCUUUAUCGGAUGCCUUUUGUUCCACUUUUUUUUCACUUUCUUUGUACAAAAUUAUGGGAAUAUUAUUGCUUCCUCUUUUCUUGCCCGAUUUUCUCUUUUCCUCUUUUUUCAUGGGUAGUUACUCACAUGCCUGAAUAAAUAGAUGCUCUGAAUAAACAUUAUAGAGUCCCCACUGGUGUGAAAAACAAUGCAUGAAAAAGUACUUUACGGCCCUAUGAGCAAUGACUUGGAUUGGCAUCUUAUAAAUUUAAUGAUUGAUUGCUUGAUUAUUUGAUUGAUUAUUUGAUUGAUUGAUUGAUUGAUUGAUUGAUUGAUUGAU